AUUUAAUGUAGAGUUCACGCAAAUAACACAGUUCUAGAAACGCAAUUCAUAAUGUACCAUUCAUUUAUACUUUAUUGGCUAUUACUUGUGAUAACAAUAACGGCUACUUUCGACAAAAAAUAUCAGAUCAAACUGUUGAAAGAUUCUUCCAGUAAAAACAUCAAUAACAUCAACAAACAUGCACCCGAAGGACCUUGUGGUGGACAUUGUAUCAAUUCAAAUUAUCAUCGGAUUAAAAAUUAUCCAGAAAUACCGUUGGACGUUAUAAUGGAAUUAAACCAGGUUAAAAGUGUUUCAGAAUUAUUUUGGAAGUUUAUGCCACGUAUAAAUAUUUAUGAAGCAUUGAAAUACAAAACUAAUGAUGGUCAAAAUUCAACAAUUAUUCCAAAAGCGGCAACUUGCACCACAGAAAAUCAAACAGUGAGCCUGAGAGACGAUGAUAAUCCAAGUUUAUACUAUUCACCACCUUGUACACGAGUGAAGCGAUGUGGUGGUUGUUGCGGUAGCCUUUUGGUUUCUUGUCAACCAACCAAAGUAGAGAUGCUCAAUUUUGAAGUCAACAUUAUACAAUAUUAUAACGGUACAUUCACAUUCAAAGAAAAGAAAAUUAUAACUGUAGAGCAACACGUGAAAUGUAAAUGUGAUUGUGUCGUGAAAGAAAAAGACUGCAAGCCCUCGCAAGUGUAUGAUGCUAGAGAUUGUCGAUGUUUUUGUAACAAUUCAGAAGAAAUAUUAUGUGACAAACCAAGUAAGGUAUGGAAUUCAGACAUUUGUUCAUGUCAAUGUGUUGAAGAGCAAGAAUGUACAACAGGUUACAAAUUCAAUUACAAUACAUGCAGCUGCAUAGAAGACACUGGCGAUUGGUAGAAUUCCUUCUUACAAUCUUAUAAGCACAUAUCCACGUAACCAUGAACUUUAUAGUUUAUGAAGACUUUACUUUACUCAUAGAAGUUAUCUAAAUUAAUAUAGAAGUUUAAAUUAUCAUUACUUACAAUGUACACUUAAUCAAUAAUUCUGUAAAAUAAAUGUAUAUGUUACACAUUGA